UUAAAUUCUUUUUGCCCCCGAAAGCCUUCCAUAUGUUUCAUCAAAUAAAUUGGAGAACCUAGUGAAGCAAUUGGCAUCGGGAAGAUAACUGGGGUUCUUCCAUGUUCUGCACAGUAGAAGUGGGAGUUCAGUCGUUGGGGUGAUUAUCACAACUGAAAAACGGCUGAAGCGUGCCCAUUUCCGAGUGCUAGUGACACUUUGAGUAGCGGGUUCGCUUUUUGAGACUACUCUCUAACGCUAUCAGGCACGGAUAAAACCUCAUAAUUCCCACAAUUAUGCUUUGUUGCCUAGGGUUUUAGUUUUAUGAUUCCACUCUCAAACUCGAAACCAAUAAUGGCGAUUUCAUCUGCAAAUCUAAUCCCCAGAACUGCAAUUCAGCUACAGAGGCAAGUCCUUCUGAUUCCCUGGGUGAAAAAGAAGAUGAAGAUGGGAAUUAUUAGCUGUUCAAGGAGGAGAGACUACAGCAAUUCGGUUCCAGUAAGGUACAUUCCUAAGAAAUUGUUAGAAAAUAAAGAACCAGAAGCUUCUUUUUAUUCUCCCUCAAAUGGAUUAGGUGAUGUGAAAAUACAUGGUACUAAUAGUUCGGAAUCAAAUGGCAAAAGAUUUGAACUUUCCAAAAGUGAGCAGACUUCAUGCAGUACAAGGGGCUUUGUUUUAGGUUCCAAGCUUCGAAAUCUAAAUGAAAAUGCAAUUCACAACAUAAGCAAUGAUGUGACAUUGGAUGGUGGUAGAGUUGUUGAGUCAAAUGUACCAAGGAUUGGAAUUUCGGAUAGUGCGCAGACAUCUUGCAGUAGCAGGGGCUUUGUUGCUGACACGGAGUUUCAAUACCAAAAAGAAAGAGAAAAGCCAGUUACUGGAUUGGAUACAAGUAAAGUUGUUCAAUCAAAUCUAGAGGGAAUGGAACAUUUUAAAGGUGCACAGACUUCUUGCAGUAGCACGAGCUUUGUUGUGGACAUGGAGUUUCAAAGUCAAAUCGAAAAGCCAACUAACAGUUUGAAAGCUGAUGUUGGAUUGGAUACAAUUACAGUUGCUGGAUCAAAUGAGGACAGACGUGAACUUUCCAAACGUGCUCAAACCUCAUGCAGUGGCAGAAGCUUUGUUGUUGGUGCAGAGUUUCUGAAUGAGAAUGAAAAGCCAAUUGAUAACUUAGACUGUGAUGUUGGUUCAGCUUCAAAUAGAGCUGUUCGAUCAAAUAUACAAAGAAGUGAACUUUCCAAGAGUGUGCAGACAUCAUGCAGCAGCAGGAGCUUUGUGGGGGACACUGAGUUUCAAGAUCAAAAUGAAAACCCAAUUAACAGCAUAAAAAAUAAUAUUGAAUUUGGUACAAGUAGAGUUGUUCAAUCAAAUGAACAGAGACGUGAUCUUUCCAAAAGUGCACAGACUUCAAGCUGUGGCCAGAUUUGUAUUGUAGAUAACAAGUUUCAAAGCCAAUAUGCAAAAAGAAUUGAUUAUGAUGCUGGAUUGGGGAUUGGAGGAGAACUUGAUGAUCAUAUGCAGUAUGACAGCUACGAGGUCAUGGAGGAACUCGAAGGUUUUUCGGAAGAGGAGAGCAAUCAAGACCAUAGGAUUCAAGGAUCUCGAAUAAAGAAAGAUGUUGAGAAGUUGGCCAUUGAAUUACUUGCUACGAGAGCUUAUACAGCUGUGGAGCUAAGAAAGAAACUGCUGGGGAAGGAAUUUCCAGUUUGGGUUGUUGAUGCAGUAAUAACUGACUUUCAGACCAGAGGCUUUAUCAAUGAUGGCUUGUAUGCGGAAACAUUUUCCCGUUCUAGAUGGUCGUCCUCAACUUGGGGUCCGAGGCGACUAAAAAAGGUUUUCCUAGAUUGCCGUUGUUAUCUGCACUUGCACCUGAUGCUGAUGUUAAAGGGUCUGCUAUCCCCCCAUUUUUCCGUCUACAUAUGGCUGGGACGGAGAAUCUGCAUUUGAAGAAGGGCAGGUUAGUACGUUAAUAUUACGGCAAAAUGGGGGGAUAGCAGACCCUUGAAAAAAAAAUCAACAAAUAUUAAAACAAAAAAAAACAACAAAUAUUAAACCCAAAAAACUAAAAACUGAAAGGAAUAAACCAAUAUUAGAUCUCCAUAAAAAAGAAAUCACAAUAAAUUAAAAAAAUUAUUACAACCUCCUCCAUAAAAAUAAAAUAAAAAAAUAAAUACCAAUACCUUUAGCAUCAGCAUCAGGUGCAAGUGCAGAUAACAACGGCAAUCUGGGAAAACCUACACAGCAAAAAAUGACAUUAAAAAUCCAAAAAUGACAUAAAAACAUGAGAGAGGGAAAAAGGGCAAAAAGGAGGCGUACGUAGCAUAGUUAGACUUCUGCAAAGGAGACAUGAAAACAUGAGAGAGGGAAAAAGGGCAAAAAGGAAGCGUACGUAGCAUAGUUAGACUUCUGCAGAGGAUUAGGGUUAACAAUUUUUAUAAUGGGCUCAAAAACUUAUUAAUCUAUGGGACAAAAUUUCAGAUCUGAUCACAAAAAUUGUAGGAGAGAUGGUGGAAAAAUGUUACCAUUUGGCCCUUGCCAGAAAAGGAAGAGAAAGAAAAAAGAGAGAAUGUAGUCUUCUGAAUUAGUACGUCCAUCACAAAAAACUUGUAUAUUUUUUGGAUCCAAAUGUUACAGAGCCCAAAACAAAUGAUCACAAAAAUGGUGGAAAAAUGUUCGUCUCCUGACUUAGUACAUCCAUCACAAAAAACUUAAAUAUUUUUUGGAUCCAAAUGUGAGAGUCCAAAACAAAUGUUUGUUUUGGAUUCUAUCACGAAUAGGCCCAAAACAACAUUUGAUUUUUUGGGCUCAAAAAAUUAGGGUGAGUCAAAAUAAUUUUAAAACAAAACUAUUUCAAAAAA